ACUCCGGAAAAAGCCGACAUCUCACGCAGUCUCACGAAUGUUCCAGUUUCUUAGCAACAAAUAUGUUUGGAAGCGUAAUUUCGCCGUGUCUCCGUAACAGUCCGUGUUCAGACUUUACUGGGGGUCGUUUUUAAGAUAAUUCAUUUAGAAUUUCGGGUUAAAAUGUUUAACGUUGAAUUAAAUUCAGACCGUCUCCAAAGGGAGACUCUGGAGAAGCGACGAAACAAAGAGACAGAAAGACGAGAGAGGAUUUUGAAUGACAAACUGAGGACGAUCGGGGUUGAUAAGGAAGCUCUGGACCUGCAGGUAAUGGAGAAGAAGAAACAAGAAGAAGCAGCAAGAAGAGAACAAAACGCUUACAACGCUGAAAUGCUCCAUAACAUAAAAGUAGCUGAUAUUCUCCAUAAAAACCAAAUGAAGGAGAAGCGUGCUCUGGAAAAGGCCACCGUUGGCUUCAGGCUCCAGAACCAGCAACCUUGGAGGCGGCAGGAGUUUGAUCUGAACGAUCCGGACCGCUGCAGAAGAACAGAUCCAGGAGAUGCUCAGAUGAUUCUCCCCGGACUGGUGGGCGAAGACCUGGAGAGUCAGAGCAGACUGCAGAGACAGCAGGAGCAGCUGAGAGAGUGGCUAAUCCAGCAGCAGGCCGAGCAGGUGGCAAGAAGACGACAAGAAAAGCUGGAAGAGCAGCGCUAUGAGAAACACAGAGUGGAAAUGGACAAUGUAGCUGUGCAGCUUCAAAACCUGGAGAUGGAGAGGAGAGAGGCAGAAACCAUCGCCAAUAAAGAUUACAACCUGGCCAAGAUCAAAGAGAAGCACGACCUGCAGCGACAACCAGUAGAUGAAGAAUGUUCUCCUAGCAUGGUGGGAGUACCCGGUCUGUGUCCCAGCAGUGAGAGGAGAGAACCUUCAGAGAACCUGCAGCAGAUAUCUCAGUUCCACAAAUACCAGAUAGAAGAGAAGAGGAGGACUGAGUUGGAGAAGAAGCAGGAAGAGGAACGCUACGAACGGAUCCACCUGGACUCGGCUCGAGCAGCUCUGCUACUGGAGAGGCAGCAGGCGAAACUCAACAAGCAGCUGAGGAAACAUCUGGACAACACCAACGUCCAGCUGGCCCAAACACACAAGCAGCAGAAGCCAAACAUCGAAAGAGGAAGAAUUGAUGACAGCUUCUUCUCCCAGUUCAACACCUGCAGCAGAUGAUGGACGACAUACUGCACCGAUACACAACGGGAGAAAUAAAGAAACUGAAUCGCACAGAAAAUCAA